CGUGAAAGCGCGCGGUGUGGAGUGAACGUCCCCGCCUCUGCCAGCACCACCUCGGAUGACGUGCAACAACAAAGAUGGCAGGAGGAAGCAGCAACUAUUGGGAAGACCUGCGGAAGCAGGCGAGGCAGUUGGAGAAUGAGCUGGACCUGAAGCUGGUGUCCUUCAGUAAACUGUGCACCAGUUACAACAGCUCACGGGACGGCCGUAGAGGAGACAGUUCCGAUACAACACCUCUCCUCUGCAACUCCACUCAGGACAGAAUGUUUGACACCAUGUCAGUGGAGAUUGAGCAGCUACUUGCAAAACUUACAGGGGUGAAUGACAAGAUGGCUGAGUAUACGAGCACACCAGGAGUAACAUCUCUUAAUGCUGCUCUAAUGCACACUCUCCAGAGGCACAGAGAUAUCCUGCAGGACUACACACAUGAAUUUCAUAAAACCAAAUUAAACUUCAUGGCAAUCAGGGAGCGUGAAGAUCUGUUGGGAUCUGUCAGAAAAGACAUUGAGACGUACAAGAGUGGAUCAGGGGUGAAUAACAGACGGACAGAGCUUUUCCUGAAAGAACAUGAGCACCUGAGAAACUCAGAUCGACUUAUUGAUGACACAAUAAGCAUUGCCAUGGCAACCAAGGAGAACAUGACUUCCCAGCGAGGUAUGUUGAAGUCUAUACAGAGCAGGGUCAACACCCUGGCCAACCAUUUCCCUGCCAUCAAUAACCUAAUACAGCGAGUCAACUUGAGGAAGAGGCGGGACUCAUUAAUUCUGGGAGCAGUCAUCGGCAUUUGCACCAUCCUUGUGCUGUUAUAUGCAUUCCACUGAUGGACAUGGGAGCUAACCAACUUUUGGGGGGGCGUUCUGCAGAACAGUGGCAAAGCCUUGAGAAAGGGCUCAAUGGGAGAUGGACUAUUGGGGCCGCGAAGCAGAUGCCCACUUGGCCUAGUCUGGUAACAGGAUUGAUUGUGGCCAGCAUGGACCUUAAUAUGUAUUUAGCAACGGGAGGGGUUUAGGUCAAACAGCCUGUUUUUGUUUCUGUACUACAAAAUGUAAAUGUGCAGUUCAAAUGUGAACUGGGACUGGAGACCAAAUUACUAACAGGAAUAGAUUUCAAAGAGCAUAUUAUAACACAAUGGCUUUGAGAAAGCGUGAACCCGGCAUUGUGCUGUUCCUGUAUGUUGUUGUUAUUAAUCAGAAGAGGGUUUUAAUUUCAUGGUCCUUUUAGCGAAAGGGUUUCUCAUCAUGCUGUGUACUUUGUGAAUUAAUAAAUUAUUCAUAUACGGGAUAUUAAAAAUGUGUGUCAAACACUAGAGGCCCGUCCUCUAAAGCUUCAAUUGUUUAGAUAUUUCUACAAUAGAGAGGAGAGUGUUUUGGAGUCUUAAAAUAAAAUGGAAUUUUAGCUCAUGAUAUUUCUAACAAUUCUAUUUCAAGGUGCUGUUUAUACUUUGGCUCAAAUAUGUAAAUUCCCAACACCAUUUCCAGUCCUGUCUUACCUUCAAUUCGUCUAUUGUGUAUCAGCUUUUAGUCCUCACAGAUGUAAGUCUCAACUAACUUGCAUCCAUACAGCUUCUCCUGAGCUUUAAACAUAAUGAUUAUACAAUUUGAAAUGAAUCAAUCCAGGAAAUUGAAAAACUAGCUCAGUGAUUGCAUGUAGAGAAAAGACCGGCAAACUGUGCAGUUGGGUGUAGGAGAAAGCAGAGGGGAGACUUGAAGCCAUGUGAGGCUCGCAUUAGUCUUGGUAUCCUAUUGUCACCGCCUAUUUCUCCUUUCCUAUGAUGUCUCAUCCAUAAAAGUGGGCCGCUCUGCUGAGGCAGCCAGCUGAGCAGCUCUUCUACUUUGUACCAAUCCAUUUUUUAUGCGUCUGUCACAACUGGAGCAGUCAAAGUGUGGCUGUACUGUAGUUCUUCAGACAGGUGGAGUCUGUUUGCCUGAGGUUUUUCCAUAGAUGUAUAGAGACAGUAACUUAGAGAUGUCAGUUUCACAACAACGAUAAACCAAACAGAUACGUUUUUUUUUUCCUUCUUUUUCCACUAUUCUCUCUUGGUCUAUUAUCUAAAGGUCGCAUCAGUCUUUCACUUUCCAAAUUCAAUAUGUUGAACGAGUGCCCUGAAAUUCAAUACAAAUGUUUAGGGACUAAGGGUCCAGUCAGGUGGGAAGAGUAUUGAAUGGCCCUCAAUGAUCAAAGGAUGAUUGUCUAUGCACCAUAGAAGAUGGUCCUUGCCACAUUCUUAGAUCAGGCUGAGACAUCCAGUCUUUUAGUGGUUUUAAUUGCAAUUAUACUCAAAUCGGUUUGUUUCCUGUGGUUCCAACAUGUCUGUACUGCCUUCAAAUACAAAAUGCAGUAACUAUGCCAACACUAGACUAAGAAAAAUGGCUUCAUGACUCUAUGACGAUGCGUUACAUGGACAGCUUUCGCUGUUGCCCACCGUCGCCGUGUUUAUAUCACCAUGUGAAUGGUGUUGUGUAGUUGUGGGCCCCCUGCAUCCAUGGGCCCUGGGGCUUAAAGGAGUAUUCAGGGUUUAAUACAAGUUAAGCUCAAUUGACAGCAUUUGUGGAAUAAUGUUGAUUACUACAAAAAAUGUAUUAAUUAAAAAAAGCAAAAAUCGAGGUUACAUUGAGGCAUUUACCAUAGAAGUGAAUGGGGCAAAUUUUUGGAAGGUUUAAAGACAGAAAUGUGAAGAUUACAAUUUUAAAACUCAUAUUAUUUGAGAUGUGAAGUUGUUUAAAUCAUAACUUUUACUGUCAUUUUAAGGUUUGUUGACUACGUCAUCAUGCCAACGAAGUUGUAAAAUUGGCUAUUUACACACAGAAAAAUUUUGUAAGCAAUUGUUUUUUUUGUUUUGUUUUUUUUUUUACAGUAAAAUCAUGUUAACACACACAUCGUUUAUGUCUUGUGACUAUACUUUUGAAAUAGUGAGUAUUUUAACGUUUAUGGAUUGGUCCCGUUCACU